GACAAAACCCACGUGUACUUGUUUACAAUUACAUUGCAGUAUUACCACUGAGACUGAGUGAGAGAUGAGAUCUGGGAUGGCCUAAACAAGUAAAGGAUGGAUGCAUGGAUGACCACUUGAAGUUUCUUAUUCACUUGGGAGUUGAUCUUGACUGUGUCAGCUUGUGUUUGUAAUUAACUUGUAUUUGUAAUUUUAGAAAUAAAUGUCCAGCCUCGGAUUGUGCAAGAUGGCAUCAUCGCAGACAGGAAUGGCUAGUGAGAAUUUAAAUAUCUUUCGUUUGAUGUCAUGGAACAUUGACGGACUGGAUGAGAGGAACAUCGAGGAGAGAACGAUGGCAGCUUGUGAUACCAUAAUGAAGUUAGCUCCAGAUGUAGUCUUCCUCCAAGAGGUGGUUCCUUCGACUAACAUAAUCCUCAAGGCAAGACUGUCUUCCAAGUAUUCGAUCUAUGAAGGCAACCAAGUUAGUUACUUCACCUGUACGCUAGUGAAGAAAUCAACGGAGUGCCGCAUCACCAAGAGCUUGGUCCAACCUUUUGUGAACUCCCAGAUGGGUAGAAACCUACUGAUGGUCAAUGCGUGUUACAAGAACAUAUACAUAUCACUCCUGAACACACAUCUUGAGAGCACUGCCCCAGCACAGGCUGAGCGUCUGGCACAGUUCCAGCAGGCUUUAGGAGAGAUGCAGAUCAAGGACCCCGACAGAGCAGUCAUCUUUGGAGGGGAUACUAAUCUCAGAGAUAAAGAGAUUGCCAGCAUGGGUGGAGUGCCUAAAGGAAUCAUAGACUUAUGGGAAGCCUGCGGAGCUGAUCCUAAGACAAAGUUCACCUGGGACACCACCACCAAUGACAAUCUGGAUUGGGAAUCGGGACGUUACAAACCCAAAAUCCGCUUUGAUCGCCUCUACCUACGACCCGCAGCGGGGCACUGUACGAACUUGAGCAUAAGUUCUUUCACACUGAUCGGCAAUGACAGACUGCCGGGCUGUCGACGGUUCCCUAGUGACCACUACGGGAUUGUGUGUGACUUUGAUAUUUUGCCUGGAGAAAUGUGACUUGGGUGAUAUUCAACGCUGGAAGAUUGCUCCAUCACUUGCUCAAUGUGACCUUGACAGACUGCCUAGAUCACCUUUGCUGAUCGUUCAAGCAUCGUCUCCGUGCAAGAUUAUAUUUUCAAGUAUUCAGAUGAUUGGUUUUAUUUUUUCCUGGGUCAUAGGAAAGUCUGAACUAAACUUUAUAUUUUUUAUACUUUCCGCCCAUGGUGCUGUAUGCUGUAUAAAUAAUUCACUUUCAGUAAUCCACAUGGUUGUUUUGGGUUUUUUUUUUCCAAUAUUCACUGAAGUUGUCUGCUACAUGUGUAAUGUAAAAUAAGGAGUAUAUUCAUGUUAACUUCUUUUACCAAUUUAAUUUACUGAUACUUAAUCAGUAGACACAUAAUUACUAAGUUUUCAUAGUAAACUAUAUUAGAAAAACCACUUGUCACUGUCAGUCAUUGAUGUUUUACUUAUAUUUAAGAAUACAAGGCUACAGUACACAAUCUUGUUGUUACUUUUAGAACCGAUUUAAUACAAAGUAGUUCACCCAUGGACCCAAACCUUGUACCAGUACACUUUUGGACAUCCCCGAGUAUUGUAACUUUGCCGUUCAUUAUAUCUACCAUGGAAACCUUGCUUGUGAUAUGCUGAUGAGCCGUUACAUGGCGGUUGUAAUCAUGGCAAAUUUACAAUAGGUGUAACACUUAACCACUUACCACAUUCUCAAAUUAGUAAAUUGCAGAAGUUGCAAAAUGCAGCUGCGCGUAUUGUAACUUUGUCCACAUCAUCCCUUUACUGAAAAGUCUUCACUGGUUUCCCCUCAAGGAACACAUAUCUUUCAUAUUGUCAAUGGAACUUCCCCCAGUUACAAUAAGUCUUUGAUACAUAACUUCCAUCCCUCAAGACCCCUAAGAUCCUUAACAUCUAAUCUUUUACAGGUUCCAGUUUCUAAUAAAUUAUGGGUGAACAGGCCCUUCCUCAUGCAGGGCCGACCCUGUGUAAUUCUCUCUCAAAGUUUGAAAACCCAGACAUCUGUAACCAUCUUCAGGGGCAACCUGAAAACAUACCUGUUUAAAAGUGCUUUUUGACAGACAUCGGCUUAUUGUUUUCAUUGUUAAAGUUCGAAAAUGUAUUGAAUGUUAAGUUUGAUUUUUUUCUCCCUUUCUCUAAUGCUCAAGUGCCUGGAGCAUCUAAGUAUUAAAACGUGCACUAUACAAGUCUUAUGUAUUAUUUUUUAUUAUUUUAUGAAACGGGGGCCCUGAACCAAGAAGCAUUCAGCGCUCAAGAUUAGAUUUUGCAAAAGCCUCUUGCACAUUCCAGGUCUGUAGGGACCCUGUUGCAUAUAACUAUUCAAAGAUGGCAACUAUUAAGCUUUUUUAAUGGUAUUAGCCAUGGAGACAUAGAAAUUGAUUGGAACAUUGGCGGGGUGUCAUUGACAGCAUGCAGUAGACUGCAGAAGUCGACCUCCCCGAGUAGAAUAAUCGCCUAUCUCGAAGCUUUAUUUCAGACCAGAAUAUUAAAAACAUUAUGCAGCUUACAUCUUAGAAAAAAUUUCUCUGGUCCCAAGGGAUUCAACUUGGGCACCUGUACAUGUAGAUACAAAUAAUUAUUAUAUCCUACAUGAAUUAAAUCCUGUAUGCUGAUUGGUUUAAAUAGCAUCAUGUGACCAAACAUAUUCUCACUAUUUCGCGAUGAUGUCGAAAAUGUGCUAAAUAGUAAUGCCAGUCCAACCUCGGAUGAAUAAUUCCCGCUAUACUUACUCAAAGCCUGGUAUAUUUGUAUAUUAUUUGUUUGGCGUCACCUGCAUAUGCCUGGGAGGCGAAAAGCAAACUGAAUCACAAUGACCCGCAGGUCUCUCCUCCCGAUAUAACUGAUAGGGGGGAGUGCAGGUGGACCACUACACCGGGGUUUCCCCCUUCUCUCAUACGUAUAGUGCAGUGGGUUCUUAAUUGCUAGUUUUAUGUGACAGGUCCCAAUUACUGAAAUUCACUUUAACAUCUGCCAGGUCAAAUCUGUAGAACUACAGAUAUUUUCUCAGCUUCCUUAAAUUUGACUUAAAAGAAAUAAAUGUUUUGCAUGAUCA